UGUUAAAGUGCUUGUAGUAGCCGGCGUAGCGUGGCCGAGGUCAGCGUGCGAGUGGAGGAAACCUUGCGCAAGCAAACCUCGUCUGUGUCACGCAGUUCAUUGCACUAAGCUUGGCACUGUUUCCAAAGAGACAGCACCGUCUACCUCGAGUAUUUGUGUUUAAUUUAUGAAUAUUAAAACACGUAUUUUAGUCUUUUAUAUUUAAUGCUUUUCCCCCAGGCUCUAGUUUGCCCCCCGGCGGCUGCCUCUGCAGCCAUGCACAGCAAUCAGCUGGUAGCCAAGGACACAACACUGACCAAGAUAUUCGUUGGCGGAUUGCCGUACCACACAACAGACUCUUCGCUUCGGAAGUACUUCGAAGGCUUUGGGGAAAUUGACGAGGCGGUGGUGAUUACAGACCGACAGACUGGCAAAUCUCGGGGUUAUGGGUUUGUGACUAUGGCUGACCGAGCAGCAGCAGAGAGAGCUUGUAAGGAUCCCAAUCCUAUAAUUGAUGGCAGAAAAGCAAAUGUGAACCUUGCGUACUUGGGAGCGAAGCCCAGGACUAUCCAGACUGGAUUUGCCUUGGGUGUGCAGCAGAUACAUCCUGCUUUUAUUCAGAGGCCUGUGGGGCUUGCUCCUCAGUACGUUUACCCACAAACGUUUGUUCAGCCUGGAGUUGUUGUUCCUGCUCCAGUUCAGUCUGUGACCUCUCCUUUUAUAGACUAUACCAGUGCUACAGCAGCCUAUGCACAGUAUAGCACAGCUUCCUAUGAGCAGUAUCCUUAUGCUGCUUCUCCAGUCGCUGGAUUUAUGGGAUAUGGCUACACCACUCCUAUUCAGCAGCCUGUUACAGCCACAGCCCCCACAGCAGCCACUACAGCAUUUGUUCAAUAUCAACCACAGCAGCUACAGCCUGACCGUAUGCAGUAGAGGCCUAAUUGCACUAUUUUGGACUACUUUAUACUGUGGAAGGAUACACAGGUUGUAAAAAAAAAAAAAGGACUACUACAUUAGGUGCAUAUGAAUACCUAAGCUAAUUUAUAGUAUUAAGGGAAAAGAAACCCCUUAUGUUGACUGCUCAGAAUCGUUAGUUUUUGUCUACAUUCGGACAGUUGUCAGAAUGACUAAAACUGGUGGAAAGUAAAGACCGCACACCGGUUAGGUCUGCUCUCUUCUGACUUUCUCCCUUUCUUCAACAUUGUAUUCCCUUUUUCCACUCAACUGUUAUUUGCUCUAAGGUACGAAAGUACACAACACAAAAACAAAAAUGUUAUUUUUUUGUUGUACAAAAACUUUAUAAUAUUCAGAGAUGCCUUACUAAAAAUAUUUUUCAAUAUUUAUUGCGAUUUUAUUCGCAGGAGCUGUGAAUUGCAGGAAAAAAGGAAUGAGUCUACUUUCAAUUCUCAUUUUAAAUUAUUAUAGAUAGUAGGUAGUUAAUUGCUAAAUCAUUUCAAUAUGCAAAGGGAAUAUUGACUUCAAGGAGAGCAAUAUUUCAUCAGUCAGUGCACUGUAUUUUCUUGUAACAGUUAAGAGUCACUCGUGUUAGGAAUAUUUUUUUUUAAUGCAAGACAUUUUCCUAAAGUAAAAACAGUGUAUACUUGGAAGUUGCCAUUGCUGCAGACAGGUGAUAAAAUUACAGUAUUUAUAUCGAGAAAAAGUUACAAGCAAAAUGCCCUGCAAGCUUUUUUAAGUCUGUAAUACGUGGGAAACUGAUCAAAGGUUUUUAUACUUGAACAAAAGCCAAUGUUUUGUACCAGAGAUUGACAGCAGUAUGAAAAAUAAAAGUGCAUUUUUACA